AUGAACACAGAGUACAACAUCGACGUUGUGGCAUAUCCAACCAAUGACUAUGGGCCCAAACCUGAGUGGCACAUUGCCAUCGGCAUUCGCUUCGCAGCUGGCCAGCGGCCUCACAUUGACAGAGGCAGCCACAUGUUGGCACAACUUGUCGCCUCAGGCACAACGCCCAUGAAUAAUUUGGGCACCCAGGGCGCUGCUGAAGUUACUUUGUGGAGCUCCCAGUACUGGACGGCCACUUCGUUUCGAAUCGAUCAGGAUCAGCUGCCACAGGAGCCUUUUACAGUCUUUAGCGACAGGCCCGUGAGUGUCGGUGCCUCUGUGGCGUCGCUUUAUGAGAUUUCCGCAGGGGGUCUUUUGAUGCACAUAGGUUUGAACGAGGUGAUGUCGACGUGGAGCAAUGGGUCCGAAGAGGCCGGGGCCCAACCCAGCAAACUGGCUUCAGAGAUUGCACCCGAGGCACGGCCAGAGUUCAACUUCGAGAAUGGCGAGUCCUACAUCGGCCAGUGGGUCGGUACGGAACGGCAUGGCCAAGGUGUGCAUCGUUGGCCGAACGGUGCUAAGUACGAGGGUCAAUUCGAAAGAAACCGUGCAAGUGGGCAGGGGACGUUCCAGUUUCCGAAUGGUGGGGUCUAUGAAGGCCAGUGGAAAGCAGAUCGAGCGCAUGGACACGGCAGCUACCGACACUUUGACCAAGCGUCAUACGAUGGCCAGUGGCGCAAUGACAAGCAGCACGGCGAAGGAGUUGAGCUUUGGCCAGACGGUGCUCGAUUCGAAGGUCAGCACCGUGAAGGUCAGAAAAGUGGCAAAGGCAAGCUGUUGUGGCCAGAUGGCUCCAGCUACUCCGGGAACUUUGAGGGUAACGCACUGCACGGUGAGGGUGUGUAUCGCUGGGCAGACGGAAAAGAGUACAGUGGCCAGUGGGCCAAAGAUCGCAUGAGCGGUGCCGGCUGUUUCACCUGGCCAGAUGGACGUGUUUACACUGGCCAGCCUUCGACCAACUACAACGAGCUCCCGUGCACGUGCUUGCCCCAGCUGCAUGGCCGGAAGACCAUGCACGGCAACGAUCCUUUGGAAGGUCUUGGCCAGCGCUGGGUGUGUCCACUGGCAGACUCUGCUCCCUUUAAGGAGACCACAUAUGGUGUUCGGCUGAAGGUCCGGAAUCCUGCAGAGCCCGGCGCGGCCAGGUCCUGGCGUAUUGAGCUGUGGGAGCAAGACGCCGCCAAGCCAGUUUCCGCGACUCGUGGGAUCCGGGGCAUGGAGGUGUCUGGUCCCAUGCAGGCGGCCUUGUCGCAGGAAAACCAGCUUCUGGACAGCAUCAACACUGUGCGGUUUGACAUUAUUCCAUCACAACCAAUCGGCAACGUCCCAAACACCCGAUUGCGUGUUCUGGCUCCACCUGGUUUCUUCAUCAUCAAGCGAUGUCUGAACUUCAUGCCGAUUGAGCUGCCAGAUGCAGAAUGUAUAGGAUCCGAUUCCAACUCCUUUGAGCUGGUCUUCUCGGAGCCCGGCGCCAUCCAGGCAGGCGUGCAGUAUUCCUUCUCGCUGCAGAUGCAGAACCCAGUUGACUACAUACCUGAUGACCUGAACGUAUGGUCUUUCGACACGCUGAGACCAGACGGAGUUGCUCGAGACACUGCCCGUUCUCCGGGCUUCUUCCUGUAUCCAUACGCGUUCUCAUCCUUUGUGGUUGUGCCGCUCAUGCGCAAGCCUGGGCCACAAACUGUGGUGAUCCGCUUUGUGUCGCCACUGCUGAUUCCCUUCGACGACUACAUACGCAUUCGUGCUCCAGAAGGGGUCGCAUGGUACAGUGCUGACCUGCAGUUCAGCACGGAAGCUGCGCUGACACAAGCAAACCUCCUUGGAGCUCAAGACCCCACUGUUGAGUUUGAAACACCAAAUGAGCUGGCGGUUCAACUCACCACGACUGCUGAAGCCAACUUCGAGUAUGGUAUGGCAGCGCGUGCUGAAAUUCCACAAUCCACGCCUGUGCCCAAUGCAUGGUGGAUUGAACAGUAUCGUCGGACGGGCCUUCCUGCGCCGAACAGCUGGAGAUACAUCGCUUCAAAAGGUGCUGCAGGAUUCAAGACGCAAGUCUUGGUGAACACAAGAGCACGCAAGCUCAGCUUCCCAGCUAUGCAAUUGCCCCAAGUGUCCCAGAGAUUACUUCAGCGUGUCUGA